AUGGCAAAUACAACCGUACGAGGGGCGACUCAAAUCCACGGGGCCAAUCCUCAGUUCCUGAUAGAAAAAGUGAUACGUUCUCGUAUAUAUGAGUCGACCUAUUGGAAGGAACAUUGCUUCGCUUUGACAGCUGAAUCACUCAUCGACAAGGCCAUCGAGCUCAACUGCAUUGGCGGCGUAUAUGGAAAUCAAAGACCCACGCAGUUUAUAUGUCUGCUGUUAAAACUUCUUCAAAUACAACCUGAGAAGGAAAUUCUUGUCGAGUAUCUUUUAGUGGAUGAGUUCAAAUAUCUGAGAGCGUUGGCAGUAAUGUAUAUACGAAUGACAUUUCGCCCUGUUGACGUGCAUGAACUCCUCGAACCCCUGCUAAAGGAUUAUCGAAAGUUGCGUCUGAGGAACAUGAGCGGUUACGUGCUUACUUAUAUGGAUGAGUUUAUUGAUCAGCUACUCACGGAAGAACGAGUUUGCGAUACCAUAUUACCGCGAAUCCCCAAACGAAAUGUCCUGGAAGAGACGGAAGGUUUAGCUCCGAGAACAAGUUCACUGAUGGAAGCCAUGGAAGGAAACGAAAGAAAGCUUGAGCAAAGACGUAGCAGGAGUCGAAGUGACAGUCGCAGCGGGAGCCGUAGCACUAGUCGUAGCCUAAGUAGGGGUAGGAGUAGGAGUCGAAGUAGAAGCGGGACACCUCCGUCGGACGCGGACGCGAAUGGGGAAGACAGAUAUGUUUCAAGAAGCCCUUCAAGAUCUGGCUCAAGUUAUCGUUCCCGAAGUCGAAGCAUCUCACCAGAUCGGAUGGAUCUUGACGAUGGUGAUAGGCAAGAGUCGGAUCUCUUUCCUGGAAUUGGCGGAGCGAUAAAUGUCGAUAUCGACGCCAUUCCCGGAGAUGUUUAA